AUGCAAGCUCGUGCUUCUUGUGCAAGAAAAUUUAUAGCUACGAGCUUAAGAUCAGCCGCCGUCGUCAAUGGCGCCCAACAUGCGGCAAUCAGCAGCCUUGCGCGUCGGCCCACAUGUCGAGCUCCAACAACUCUUCGAAUCACCGUACCAUUUGCACGAGGCGCGAAGACAAAGACUAAAGUGAAGUUGAAAGACCUUCCUCAAGGUGCACUGAAGCUAGAGACGUACAACGAUGGCACGGAUGAAGCCCCUCGAUACCCUAAGGUGGUUCAAGACCAUAGGAAUAAUAUGGAAAAGUUCAAAAACUGCGUGGUACUGACUAGGGUAGGAAGCUUCUACGAACUUUACUGGGAACAAGCAGAAGAGUUAGCCCCCCUACUCAAUAUCAAACUUGCAUCGAAGAAGACGAACGCAGGGCCGGUCCCAAUGGCGGGUUUCCCUUUUUUCCAACUGGAUCGAUUCCUCAAGAUUCUCGUACAAGACCUGCAAAAGUACGUUGCCCUGAGUGAAGAAUUUCUGAAUCCGGUCGAGGAAAAAUCGAAAUCCGGGGGGCUCCUGUUUGACAGAAGGGUAACCCGAGUCAUCACGCCAGGAACGCUGAUAGACGAAAAUUUCAUCGACACCUCACAGAACAACUUCUUACUAUCGCUGUAUAUUGAUACAACUUACUUUGAAGGGCAGUCUCCAGAAGGGGACAGAUCAUCAUCUAUCACACACCUACUAUCCUCGUCGACGGGACGUGUCGGCUUGGCCUGGAUGGAUCUGUCCACUGGCGAUUUCUACACCCAGGUCACUACAACGCAGAUGCUUCCGUCAGCGAUUGCCCGAAUCGGCGCUCGAGAAAUAGUUGCAGAUCAACGAUUGCAGAAUCUGCUAGCUCAGGAGCUGCAGAUGUUGGUAGGUGUAGACCAUCAAUUACUCACCUUCUUUGACGCGCCUACCACCGCACAACCCAUGUCCGAAUGGGGGGAAAUGCUAGAGGCUCCUGUGCCGUCUGAAACUGCUUCGACAUUCACAAAUGAAGAGGUGGCAGCCGGAUUCAAUCUUCUUGAAUAUGUUCGUGUUCAACUGCAAGGAGUUGGCACGAAACUUCAGCCUCCUCGGCGACGGCAUCUAGACGAAUCCAUGGGCAUUGACCGCAGCAGUCUUCGCGGCUUGGAGAUAUUAGAAACCGCCAGGGAUGGAUUAGGCAAAGGAAGUCUUCUACACGCAGUGCGAAGAACGGCUACCAAGAGCGGAGCCCGUCUCCUUCGAGACCGAUUAAUUUCGCCUUCAACAUCCCUGUCUGUGAUUCAGGAACGCCUUGACCUUGUCACAUAUUUUCUUCAGGAUGAAGAAAUCCGAGACACUAUAAUAUCGCUUUUGAAAAGAAGCUACGACUCUCAACGUCUUGUGCAGAAAUUCACGCUGGGUAGAGGAGAUCCAGACGAUUUAAUCUAUUUAUCCAGGGCCAUUGAAGCUUCCCGAGAAGUGCUCAGGGCUUUGUCAAAUCGGCAAACCAAUCCCACUUCUGAAACUGAUACGAAUCGUCAGAGUGUCGAUAAUUUGAUCCGCAGACUACAUCUAGAUGGUCCGACACAGCUUGCUGAGAAAAUUCUCGCUGCGAUUGAUGAAGAGGCUCUGUUACAAAAACAUCGCAUCGAAGAUAGUCAAGCGGCGGAGGCUGCACAACUCACACAAGAUGUCGUUCUCAGCGAAGGACUGCCCGAAGACGUUGAGUCUAUGCCUCGAAAAGUGCGUUUCAAGACAACGGGACGACCUGGUUUUGCGGUCGAUUCCAUUCGCGGCGACAUAGACAUUUGGAUUAUGCGACGUGAUGCUAGCAAUGCUCUACGACGGUUGCACGAACGUCUAGAUGAGCUUGAAGAAGAGAAAUCAGCUCUAACUAACCGAUUACAAGAGGAUGCCGGAUCUUCCGCGCUGACACUGAAAUGGUCCCCGAGCUUAGGAUACAUAUGCCAUGUCAAAGGAGCCAAGAUCUCCCAAGAAGCCCUCGAAGAUCUCGGUGUCACGCGGAUCGUUUCAUCCACGAAAUCCACGCGUUCAUUCUACUUGCCAGCAUGGUCGCAGUUAGGUGAACGGUUAGACAAGCUAAAGAAACACAUCCGUGCUGAGGAACAACAAAUUUUCGAAGAGCUUCGCCGAGAAGUCAUCCUCAAUCUCGUGAAGAUUCGCCGCAACGCAAGUGUGAUGGACGAAUUAGACGUCGCUUGCUCCUUUGCAACACUGGCGAAAGAGCAGAGCAUGGUACGACCUAUCCUGAACACUGGCACCUCGCAUCGUAUUGUUGGCGGUAGACAUCCGACAGUGAAACUUGGGCUUGAAGAACAAGGGCGACGUUUCGUCAGCAAUGAUUGUUUCAUCGGUGAUGAGGAGCGCAUUUGGCUGAUAACCGGUCCAAAUAUGGGAGGGAAGAGCACGUUCUUGCGUCAGAAUGCAUUAAUCACAAUUUUGGCACAGGUUGGAUCCUUUGUUCCCGCAGAAUACGCCGAAAUUGGCAUCGUCGACCAGGUAUUCAGCCGGAUCGGUGCAGCGGAUGAUCUGUUCAGAGAUCAAUCAACUUUCAUGGUAGAGAUGCUUGAGACGGCCGCGAUCUUGAAGCAAGCAACACCUCGAUCUUUUGUGAUUAUGGACGAAGUCGGACGAGGAACAACUCCUGAGGACGGCACCGCCGUUGGAUACGCAUGUCUCGAACAUUUGUACAAUGUGAAUCAAUGCCGAACUCUGUUUGCAACACAUUUCCAUGCGUUGAUAGACAUGACUGUUGGGUUUGAAAAACUUAGCGCUUAUUGCACAGAUGUCAAGGAAAGCCCUUCUGGCUCGUUCUCGUUUGUGCACAAGCUGCGCAAAGGCGUCAACCGGCAGUCACAUGCGCUAAAGGUAGCUCGUCUGGCUGGUCUUCCGGAAGCCGCAAUUACCGUGGCAGAGAAUGUGCUCCGCCAGAUGGGGGCAUCCAACGAGACUGACUGGGCAGACUGGUCGAAGCAUAGAGUCGAGUCUAAAGCUGCUAGUGGAUGA